AGCGAGCGGUGGCUUUUUGUAUGAUCCCAAUAUUCUUCAACUAACCUAAACUUACAUUGUUUAACUCUAUUCCUAUUUAUAAUUUACGUACAUCAUUUUGCUUGAACCUAAUAAACUACAGCAAAUAUCUCAUAAACGAAAAGAAAAUGUCUACUCGUUGGUAUCCUAUAUAUCAGAAGGGGAAUCCACAGCUUCGAGUUUUCCUUCCAAACUUUUGGUUGAAAUUGGUUAAACCUGAACAUAAACAACAGAGUAAUGUUGUGCAGUUUCAUUGUUCAAUGGAAAUGACGAAAUAUGACAUAAGAAAUUAUUUGGAAAAGAUUUAUAAUGUUCAUCCUGUGUCUGUUAAAACGAGGAUCGCUCUUGGGGAGACAAGGAAGUGUCCAAGACAUAGAUGCGUCCUUAAAGAUGAUGAUAUAAAAAUAGCUUACGUCCAUCUGCCUAAAGGAGAGACAUUUGUGUAUCCUGAUCUAUUCGCCACAGUUGAGAAAAGUGCAGAAGAUAGACUAGAAGAGACUACAAAAGAAUUUAAACAGUUUGUCAAGCCAAAUACAAUGCCAGGUUUACCCACUUGGUUUAGAACCUAAUGAACCUACAUUUGUAUAUAGCAGAAAGAAAUAAAAUUUAUUUAAUUCGUA